GCCGCGUUCGGUCGGUCGGUAAUCGCGCGCGCCUGCGGCACCAUGCUAUCGUCGUUCCGCUCGCCUUGCCUCGACGGCUCGACGGAGCCGUUGCGCUUCCGAAGCCGCAAGGCGUCGAGGCCCCACGUGACAGCGUCGCCGGUCCUAGUGGAGUUUGGCAAGCUCGCCAGCGCGGGACAGCGUCGCAAAAGGCAGGCCACAGUCGCCGCAGCGGGACGGACGCCGUCGUGCACAUCCGUAGACGAUGACCAGGGGGCGCUGAUGCACGCCGCAGCGGCACUGUACUCCAGCUGCAUGAGGCCUGGCAACAACAGCGGCGACUGCCUGGUCCAGCCACAGGCACUGUACCGUGCGCUCUGCGCUGAGGGUGCCCGAACACUCCUUAUACUCAGGGAUGCCCAAGAGAUCGUGCAUGAGUGGGAGUCCAGUGGCCGCGACCGAACUCUAAGCAGCCCUGAGCUUUCACCAGUUGGGCCAAAUGGCUCGGCAUCCACAGAGAUCAACAACAACCCGCCAGAGUUGGGGUCAAAGGCCCAGACGCCAGUGCCCGCUUCAAAGCCAUGGCAGCGGAUCGUACCGCUCGACCGCACAGCGUCAGCCGACAGCGAGCAUCGUACGCAACCGGGCUCCGAGGAAGACGAAGUUGCGCAAGACAGCGAUGAUGGCGGCCGCCGUGCUGACAAGGACGGGGAACGCGACGACCGCGUGUGGAUCGCUUGGUCUUCAAGACGGGUCCCAUCGGCCGAAGGCAGCGCCGAGGAAGACGGCGUCGAGUUGACGCUGUGCGGCGGCGACGAGACCUCGACGACCAGCGGCCGCGGCAGCACGUGCUCGGCGACGGCGCGCGACGCCUCGCGGACCGACCCCUUCUCGGACGUCUUCAGCGACCUCUCGGACUCGGACAGUGAAAUGGAGGAGGAAGAGGAGGAGACAGAGGAAGAAGGCCUGCAGCGUUUUCUGCGCGCCGUGGCCUCUCGGCGGCGUGAGCGGUCCCGCGCGCUCGCCUCGUGGAGUCUGGCGCCCAGGCACGUGGGACCCGAGCACCGCCUCCUCGGAUGCGCCACGUUCAUCAAGAACUACAGGAUACCCGGAACAAGGGCGUGCUUCCUGUCACUGCUCGCCGUUCGCAAGGGCUUUCGCCAGCAUGGCAUCGGCAGCUACCUGCUAAAGCAAAUCAAGAGUCCCACAGUGGUUGGACCGUACGAUGCCCUGCUCGUCCGGGCGCCGACCAUUAGCCGACGUUUUUUCAUCAAACACGGCUUCACCGACGACAUCGUCCUCAGCAGCCGCUUCAGGGAAGCGGACGAAGCGGAAUACGAAGGCAGCCUGCUCUGUUACCUGCCGCCUUUCGAUGGUCACUACCCGUCCCUACCCGGCACAGCGGAGUGGAACCGGCCGGAAGCCUUGGCUGCAAUGGAAGAGGAAGUGGAACGCUGGAAACAGAAAAGCCUGGAGUCGUACCAGUGUCAAGUGACCUGCCUUGUCCGACUGAGGCACGAGGUUCUACGGUUGCAUGCCCUGCUGCAGGAACAGGAGCACUCCAUGCAGGCCUUGCGGAAGGAAAACUGCAGACUCCAGUCCAGACUGUCCCGAGCCGAAAAGAAAUCGGCCCGUUCGCUGAUAGAGACCUUAGAGAAAGAAGCGGCCGACUUCGAACGCCUCUGCAACCUGGGACAGCAACUCCAGCAACCGGGAGCUGCAAGUGCUUUGCACGAGUCCCGGGCGAAGCUGCGCACAGCAUACCGCUGAAAAAAAAAAAAAAAGAAACGAAGACGACCAGACGUCGAGGCCCUUCGAAAGCCUAUUUCGUUUUGUGCAUCUCGUAAGGCGGGUCACAUGUGAAUUAUUUUUUCGGACCUGUAGCUUCAUUAACCAGAUAUUUAUGUAUCUCCCGGCCAUUUGGUGCGUGCGUCACAAUUCAAGUCAUGACAUGGUGGAUAUAUUGAACGUCCGCGAUGCUUCGUUGGGACUGUGGUAAAGUACCGCGUACUCUUGGCGGUGUCGUUACAAAGACGCGUGUCAGGUUUCAUACGUACGAGAAAAUUUACCACUCGUAGCGGCAGCCUUUUUUUCCAGCGCAGAGGAGAUCCCAAACGCAGCAAUCCUGACUACUCAGUCCAUCAGCUAAGAUUAAUAAUGUUCGUAGGGCAAAAAGGAGGUAAACACAAGCAAAUUAAGACACCUGGCAAGUGCCGGCCUAGCACCGAUACUUUAUUUCGAACAAGAAGAAAACAAUGAAUGAAAAACUAACAAGUGCUUCUGUAAUCUGGUUCUUUCCCAUAUAUAUUUCAAUUUUUAGUCAGCGCCUGUGUUUGCGAAUUGAUCUGAUUUAAAGUCGUUUUUGCGCUGUUUUAAUAUAAUAAAAACGAUUCGCCCUGAACAAUUUCCCCGCAAGCUCAUGUACGAACUAAGGACCAAUCUUCGGAUUGCCGCAACUAUCGACAUGAAGGGGUAAGAUGCAGUUUAUCAAAGAUAAUGUGACACAUAAAACACGUUGAACGGUCGGUAGGCAAAACUUCAUCCCAGAUAAUGAGUGUGCUCGAGUAACAGCAGAAAGAAAGAGAUUCGAUGCGUUUUGCUUUUAUCUGUGGACAGCGCUAGCCAUCAUUGCUAGUGAUCAAAAUCACUUUGUCAGAGUCACGAGUGCACAAAUACUCGUUAUCUGCAUUUUAUAAUCACGCGUAAAAUAAACUAAUCUUCGAAAAAGUAAUACUAUGCUUCUGCUAAGGUUGCUAAACAAAAAAAUUCGGCUAGUUAGUUUAGAAUAACAGGUGAAUCGCAGUGAAUUAGACAGAGUGAGACUGCAGAGAAGCGAUCAGUUGGUCUUGUUUCUGCGGUAGCCACUUCUUUAAUUCACUAUUACUACUUUGAUGGACGUAAUUAAAUUGGUUUACUACGUACCUAUAGGUCCUGUUAGGCACUCGGAGGUUUCACUUUCACCAUAACCUCUAAAAAUAACAAACGUUGGGGAUUUUAGAAGGCGCUCGCCGGCCGGCUAUUGAAAUUUCACGCGGUACCGGGUAAUGAAUCGGGCGAUUGUACAUCGGCUACGUAAAUGACAAAUUUCCAUUGCGUGUCAGUGACAUUUUCGAAAGCGCAAUUCUAUGGUUUCACGGAAAGAACAGGUGUAUCAUCUCGUAUUAAAUAACGACGCUAACGAGGAGGCUCGCGUGAUAUAAAACUGUCAUGUGGAACUGAAGCAGAGUAAUUUGUCACUGCAAAACUUUAUGAGAAAACCGACGAAACAGUCAGCAUAGGGAUAAGCAGGUGGCCGCUACUGUUAUAUAUACAUCGAUCAGAGCAGGUCUCCCUAUAAUGUAAGCCUAUUCCAUCGUUAUUUUGCUCUAAUCUCCCGACGUUAAACUUACGCAACCGCUGAUGCGAGCGUCGGACGGUGAUCAGCAGCGCUGUUCGAACUGCCCAAUCAAGCGCUCUCUUCGUGUGUAGGGUGUAAGCUCUAUUUGUUUUCAAAGCGAAUAGCAUUACCUAUCUUGGCAGGCUUUCUUUAUCUGAUUGGCUGACAAGAGGCGAGGAGCUCGCAUAAGAGCAGAGGGUAUCACUGGGGCCUGACUAGCGCUGUAAGUAUGUAACUUAGCUAGGAGAGUGGUGCCGGCUCUUGCGAUUUUUCUGCUUCUCCUUGCUUAGCUUGCAGUGGGUCGUCGAAAAUCGAAGUGGCGUGCAACCGGGGGAAUAAAGUACCGCUAAAACGGGUCCUAAAUGCGCAAACAUACGUACCGGAAGUGCUCGAAAACCCCAUGCUGCCACGCAAGAAUAUUUGUUAGACGCACAGAAAUUAAUGUUCACUGGCAGCUUCGACUAGCCGGUGCCACAGUGGUCGGCCGGCAGCCAUCUUUAUUUCGGAAUGGGGCAGUAUUCGGCUAUUCCGAAUUAAAUUCAUUUUUGUUCGCCAUAAUAAAGCGUAAUUACUGCGCACAUCACAGUUCGACAAGGUGAACUUUCGUGGUUUUGGAACGUCCUGUGAUGAACAGGGGAAGUGGGCGCAGCACGAAUAAGUUUGUUUAAGGCAGCUUUCGGCUAAGAGCGAAAAUGACGUAGAAUCGCAAGGAACUUGUUUUCUUUUGUUCGGCCUAAUCAUGCAUAAUCAUUGUACGCACAUCUCAUCAGACGGACAGUUUUCGCAGAUUUCGUGACGUCGCGUGUCAGACAGGGAAGCGGGCGUGGCCAAUAAAUAUUUGGCCAAUCGCGGAGGGCAAUGGCAUAAAUUAAACAGACACAGAUUGGAGCAGCUUUACCUUACUGCACGGCAGUUGCAAGUGCGGUGGCACUACAAAGAAAAAAAGCCUCAUGCCAAAGAGCACGGUAAGUUCAGAGCCGUAGAACUGUUUACUCUUACAGCUCGGUAAGCAUGCGCCGUUAAAGAAACAGGGGCUGAAUUCUCAAAGCUUCGCGUUCGUGAGGACUAUUUGCCGACCGCCUUCCUUAAUGAUGUGUGCGGUAUCAGGGGAGCAUGAAGUAGUCUAUUGCGGAUAUUUCCAGCGCACGAAGUUUUUGUGAAUACGAGCCGUGUUCCCGGACUACACGUCGCCAUUUACGUUUCGCGACUGCAGCGCAACUCAGCGCAUAGAUUUCCCUGGCAAGCCCUGAAAAAAGAACUACAGAGGCUCUCUGUAAGCCUUCUCAAUUGUGCGAAAUCAAAAUGGUGCGACUGACAUGUUGUGGUGCGUAGGGCUUUGGCACAGUUGUGUCAACAUACUUACGCUGAACAAAGCGAGUGUGCCAUUUUAGGUGCUAUCGAUUGUGAAUCUGAUCAAUUUUUCUGUCAUAUCCUUCUAAGCGAAUGCGCACGCAAGUGCCACCACAUUGAUAUUGUGCUAUUUGCAUCCCUAAAGUACUUUUAUUGUAAUUCUAUCUUAAUUUAUUUACUUGUACCCGUGAGUAUGUAAAUAUGCACGAUACAUCUAGUGUUUACUUUGUUAUUUUAUGUGCUUCUAGUAGAUUCUUCUCUCGUUCUUGUUUUGCGCUUAUCUCGGCGAUUCGUAAUCUAAAUUUGCUACAUUAAAGCAACACUUGCCAGCAUUGACCGCAUUGUGGCGUGACAACGAACGCUGCUCCACUCACAGCCUGCGAGCGGGAAACCUUGCGAAACAAUUUUGCGCUAGUUUUUUGGCUUACACAUGUUUAUUGCACUGCCGCUGUUCUACACGCUUCACAUUUAUUUGUGAAUUAUUCUUUACGGAUUUCUGUGGCCGUGUUCAUAAAACUUCUCUUAUAUAAAUGUAUUUCUGAUUGGCCAACAGCGGCUGGCCUUCGAGCACGUAUCACUCCCGAUGUUAUCGCGGUUAUAGCGGCAUGACUCGCGUGCCGAUUACCACUGGCAUAUCGGAAGCAAUCAGGAGAACGUUUACUAAUAUAUGCCCUGAUCAGGUUGUGAGAUUCUGUCAUUCGGGUCUGCGAAGGAGUGACAUAAGUAAUAGAAUGUUACCGCACUAGAAAUUUUGUUGCUGUUUCCCUACACAAUAAAAAAAAUUUACACCCUUUGGGGUGUAUAUCUGCAACACAACAAUAAUCGUCAUCUGUCUUGCUUGCGUUUCCUUUUUUGAAAACGCCGCGCCCGCUAUUUUCCUGUCGGCAAUGCUAUGUCAUGCUGAUAACGCGCAGGCCGUUCGUUACUAGGAAGUACCGGGAUCGCAGCGUUAAAGAAAGGAAAUAUGGACAAGACAGAUGACGUUUAUUGUUCUGUGACAAGAUACGACUCAAAGGGUGAAAUCUUUUCUUAGGUUGUAGAUAUCACCUUGUCCUUAAGAGGUAUACAAACUAUCACACGGAGUCAGGACUCCGCCAGCACGAGAAAUGCAUUACUAGGAAAGAUGUAAUUAGUUGGAGAAAACAUGCAGAAAUCGUAAUUUUUGCGAAGUAUUCUUUAUUGCGUAAUUUUGCACAUAGAUGCUUUUUAUUUUCCAUCUGCACUCUAUGUCACAGAUGUAACCACGCCAAGUAUAAAGGCAAUACACGGGUGGCAAUAAUUUUGCAAAAGCAGCUAAGCAGUACAAGGAAAAGUUCAAACAUACAGAAAAUAGAUGUAAUAGAAUAUCCAAGAUUUGAGCGAGACGAAAGGAAGUGAUGAUGAAAAUGUCGUGAACAAUACUCCUGAAUUCGAUGCUUUCUACGGCACUGUUGGGGGAGCACUGCGUCAGCGCAAAGUCAACGUUCUUCCAUGAUGGCAGGGUGGUUGUAAUAAUAUUUGCAGCCUGGUGAAAGUAGGAUUAUUGCUGAAAUAGGUAUUCUUGAUAUUCCUGUUCAUUACCAAAUCCGAAAACCAAGACGUGAAACAAAAUGCUGUGAUAUGUCUUGCGCAAGUGCUCGCACUCAUGUCGCUUUACUCACAGUUGUUUUGGUCAAGAUUCAUUCUUCUUUCUUUAAGAUGUUCCUGCGGGGUAAACGGGGACAUAAUCUAAUGCGUAGUACAUUGUCAACCAUUCUUGAGACGCAGCUGCGAUGGGACAGCGCGUAAGUAUAAUUAUGUCUAUUUGUUUAGCGCAAUCAAUUUAGCCAGAAAAAGCGUAAGCGGAUACUUGUGUAAGUCUCUAAGCAUUCGUCAGAUAGGUACUUGAUGUAUUAACAAUCUUGCAUCAAUUCUAACAAAACAGAAGUUCACAGAAAAAUUGAGGCUUGAAAUGAUUCACAG